CCUCUAGACUGUCUGCUAUCUUUUUCCUUAGUUCCCUGUGGUUUUAUUCUUAUCCUUUAUUCUUAUCCUUUUCUCACCCCGAGUUUUAACUGAGUGUUAGUGCGGCCUGCCCUGUUAUAUUGCUCUUUGGAUUUUGUGUUGUACUGUAUAUGAUUCUUUAUUGUAUUGUUGUAACUGUAUUAUGAUAUGUUGUUUUUAUAUUGUGUUAUAUUGUAUUUUUCCCGGGCAUGGCCCCAUGUAAGCCGCCCCGAGUCCCCAUUGGGGAGAUGGUGGCGGGGUAUAAAUAAAGUUUUAUUAUUAUUAUUAUUAUUAUUAUUAUUAUUAUUAUUAUUAUUAUUAUUAUUAUUAUAUUGUAUGUACAUAUAAUUUGUAAGCCACUCUGAGUCCGCUUUGGGGUGAGAAGGGUGUGAUACAAAUGUAGUAAAUAAAUGCAGUAAAUAAAAAAUAAAUUUUAGACUUAGACUCACCCAAAGUCUGAAAUGACUUGAAGGCACACAACAACAACAACAACAACAACAACAACAACAACAACCCUAAUUAACUUGACUAUCUCAUUGGCCAGAAGCAGGAACACACUUCCCAUUGAAAUCCUGAUAAAUGUAUGUUGGUUAAAAUUGUUUUUAUUUUUAAAUAUUGGAUUGUUCUUUCAUUGUUGUUGUUGUUGUUGUUGUUGUUGUUUUUGCACUACAGAUAAGACAUGUGCAGUGUGCAUCGGAAUUUGUUUGUAUUUUUUUUUUUUCAAAUGAUAAUCCGGCCCCUCAACAGUCUGAAGGAUUGUGGACCGGCCCUCGGCUUAAAAAGUUUGAGGACCCCUGAUCUACACAGUAGAAUUAAUACGGUUUUGCAUUAUGUCAUUUUUUGUACACAAUGCAUAAGGUUGUGGAUGAACUUCAAUUGACAUCAUGCCGGGUUAACCCCGAAAAGGUCACAGUUUCCCUGGUUGUGGGUGAACUACAACUCCCAGAAAGGAAGGGCGCAUUUGGGGCCUCACCUGUCAUCUCCCAAGGAUGGGCCAAGCCGAAGACGUCGCGGCCACUUCCCAGGUGCCGGGGGAGCGUCUUCCCUUGCUGGCCCAAGCAGCACCGCCGACCAAGAUCUACCUGAGCCAGGAGGAAGUGGUGCUCCAGGCUGGUUCUGGCCCCUGGGCCGGGCUCCGCAAGGCCCUCUUUGGCCUCCUGGGGGCGCUUUUUGGCGGCAUGCUCCUCAUGGCCAUCCUGCUCUUGGUGACCAUGCCACGGGCAAAGCCACCCCUGGCCUGGUGGCAGAGGGCCUCCUUCUAUCACCUGCCCAAGACGGCCUUCCCGGACUCGGACGGAGAUGGCCAAGGAGACCUUGGAGGUGUGAGGGACCAGCUUGACCAGCUGUUGGAGCUGCCCAUCCAGGGACUCAUCUUGGGCUCCGUCUUGGAGGGCGAUGUGGCCAACCUGAGCUGUGUGCUUCCUGCCUGUGGCGCUUUGGACCCAUGGCGAGCGCUUCUGCGUGAUGCCCGGAAGAGAGAGAUCCGAAUACUCCUCGAAUUCCCCAUCUGUCAAGAAGAGAUGGAUCUGGUGGCCGAGCCCAACCAAACAAAGCAGCUUCUUAAGAGAGCAAUGCGGUUCUGGGACAGCGAAGGUGUGCAUGGAUUCCUGGUGAAGAAGGAGCCCACGCGGUGCCUGGAAAUGGUAUUGGAUGCAUGGAGCGAAUUGGACCAGGAGAUCCCACCGGUUCGGGGAGAGGAGAGGGUCCUGAUGGUUUGGGAUGAAAGUGAAGCCUGCAACGUCUCCCAUAAGGUGCCCAGCAGAGUCAUCCUCAUUUGCUAUAUUCCACGAUCUGGGAAGAACUUGUCAUCCCAGGCCAUCGUCCAGCGGAUGGAGAGGAUUUCGGGUGACCCAGGAGCACCGUGGCCCAGCUGGAUGGUGCCGCAGGGUCUACCGGUCGAUAAUGAUUUGGAGGAAAUGUUGGGGGUCCUCCUUCUCACCUUACCAGGAGUCCCUUUAUUGUCAGGAGGAAAGGGUUCCCCAAUUCAUCUGGAUAAAGAUUCCAUGGACGGAAGCACCAGCAGGCACCCAUUGGUGAACGUCUACCGCUCUCUUCUGGCCCUGCGAGCGAAUUCCUCCCCUCUUCGCGGGACCGGUUUUGCUCCGCUGACCCUCGCCGGCCCCUCCGAGAAAGUCUUGUCCUUCCUCCGGCCGGGAUCCUGCUCCGGUGUCCUGGUGGUCCUUAACCUGGGGUCAUACCCCUUCGAGCUCCACCUGGAGCAAGUGGGCAUCCCGGGCCCUGCUAAGGUCCUCUUUAGCACUCUCUCCAUGUCCAAAACAGAGGUCAACAUGGAAGUGGUCAUGGUGGCGCCCGGCCAAGCCGUCCUUCUUCGAGUGCCAAGAGGAUUGGGACAGUGACCCCAACCGGAAGCAAAAGGAACCCUCAUUGGCUGUGCUGUUGACUCCUUUGUCAGGGUGGGUUUUGAAAACAUCAGCUCCACAGCACCCUGAUUUAUUGGUGAUCCAUUGACUCUCACCAAUUCAUCCUGGGUCAGACUGCUUGCCCAUCCGGAGAAGCAGUACUGACAAAUGACACCUCAGUUGUAAAUCAGUUGAACACAGCUUUAUUCCAUAUAUAUACAAAGGUAUUUACAUGCUGUAAAGUCCAUCGCUAACAGCAGACAUGCUUUCUCCUUGCCGUUCAGCGAAGCACACAAACACUACUGAUAAGAGCACAUUCCACAGCAGAAGGACAAAUGUCCUGUCCUUUCGGAAGUCACAACCUAUUGGCUGUUGCAGGCUAUCACUCAAACUGGCCUGCCAUUAACACUAAAGAUGCUGGAACACAUGCCUGGUAUACACAGUUGUAAAAAGUAAAAACACUUGAUUCAUCAUUUCACACUUACACCCAAAAUAAACCAACAUCCUUCCCUACUGGUUGUUACAGACCCAGUCUUAACCAAUGGAAGAGUAAUUGCUUCCCUGUUAGUUGUCACAGACUCAAUCUUAACCAAUGAUAGAGCAACUACUUCCCUAUUAGUUGUCACACACCUAUCUUAACCAAUGGCAAAGCAAUUCAUUCCCUAUUGGUUGCGGCAGAUUCAAUCUUAACCAAUGGCAGCGCAUCUCCUUCCCUAUUGGUUGUCACAGACCCAGUCUUAACCAAUGGCAGAUUGACUCUUUCUCUAUUGGUUUUCACAGGCCCAGUCUUAACCAAUGGCAAAGUAACUCCUUCCUGAUUGGUUAUUGCCGAUCCAAUCUUAAGCAAUGGCAAAGCAACUCCUUCCCUAUUGGUUGUGGCAGAUUCAAUCUGAGCCAAUGGAAGAGCAAGUCCUUCUCUAUUAGUGAUCACAGAUUGAAUCUUAACCAAUGGCAGAGUAACUCCUUUUCUAUUGGUUAUCACAGAUCAAAUCUUAUCCAAGGGCAAAGCAACUCCUUCCCUAUUGGUUGUUACAGAUUCAACCAUAGCCAAUGGCAAAGCAACUCCUUUCCUAUUGGUUGUUGCAGAUUCAACCAUAGCCAAUGGCAAAGCAACUCCUUCCCUAUUGGUUGUUGCAGAUUUAAUCAUAGCCAAUGACAAAGCCACUCCGUCCCUAUUGGUUGUUGCAGAUUCAACCAUAGCCAAUGACAAAGCCACUCCGUCCCUAUUGGUUGUUGCAGAUUCAACCAUAGUCAAUGGCAAAGCAACUCCCAUCUCUAUUGGUUCUUCCAGAUUCAAUCUUAGCCAAUGGCAGAGUGACUCCUUCCCUAUUGGUUAUGGCAGAUUCAAUCUUAACCAAUGGCAGAAUAACUUCUUCCCUUUUGGUUGUCGCAGUCUCAAAUUUAACCAAUGGCAGAAUGAUUCUUUCCCUGCUCCUUGUUCUAAUGUCAAACUGCAUUAAUUCUACAGUGUAGAGGCAUCUAUAAUGUGAAAUGAAUGCAGUUUGGCACUGCUUUAAUGGCCAACCAUGGUUCAAUGCUAUGAUAUCCUGGGAGUUGUAGUUUGGACAAGUCUUCAGUCCUCUUCAGACAUAACUGCUCUGUGUGUGUUUACACACACACACACACACACAUUUGGGUGUAUUAUGAUUUGUACUAACUUGCAGAAAUAAUUUAAAUAAAGCUGUAAAGGAAUCCUGCCAAUUAGCCAGGACUGAAUGCCCAUUUGGAUACACAGUGAGUACAUUGUAAAUGGCUUGUUAUGCAUUUAAUAGGAUUUUUUUAAAAAGCAAUGCACACCCCAAUAUGGAUUUGCCACCCUCCGGUUAUUUCUGCAUCGAAGUCAAGAGGUAUAUAAUUAACAUAGUUGCUUGUAACUAGUUUUAUAAUAAAAUGUGUGCCUCAAGCAUCAGGACUAAGAAUAAAACGUCACUGGGCGAAU